AUUUUUAACAAAGCUACUGAACAUAUGUCAAAAUCACAAUAUAUUACACUUUCCUCUUCUAUUUCUAUUUAUAAUGUAUUACUUGGCUAUCUAGAAAAAAUUUUAGAUACUAAAAGUAAUUAUUGCUUGGAAAUACGUACUGCUGUAUUAAAAGGAUAUGAAAAACUUAAAAAAUAUUAUAUUAAAACAGAUAAGUCAUAUGUUUAUUCUAUAGCAAUAAGUAAAAUUAAAUUGCAAUACUAUCAAAUACAAGAAUGUGAGCAAGAAUAUAUAGAUGCAGUAUUAGAAGCCGUUACAAAUAUUUAUAAUAAGAAUUAUAAACAUAAUUUACCAAUUAUUAUCGAUAAUGAAGUUGAUAAUCCAAAUGAUUUUCUUGUUAAUGUUUUUGAAAAAAGUAAUAAAAUUAAUAAAGAUAAAUUAGAAGAUUAUCUUCAAAAACCUGUAAUUUCAUUUAAGACAGAUCCAUUACAAUGGUGA